UUCUCUGUUCGCCAUGUCUACGACUGCAACGAUAGGAUCCGAGAACUUUCAAGGGCCGGUGACAUUACAGCUGCCCGCCAACUGUUCGAUAAUAUGCCUUCUCACGAUGUUGUCUCAUGGAACUCUAUCAUUACAGCCUACUGGAAGAAUGGGUAUCUCCAAGAAGCAAAGAAACUCUUUUAUUCAAAGCCUAACAGAAAUAUACUCUCCUGGAACUCCAUGAUCACAGGUUGUGUUGAAAAUGGAUGCUUAGAUGAAGCCUUCCAGUAUUUUAAAGCAAUGCCUCAGAGAAAUACGGAGUCUUACAAUGCCAUGAUAUCGGGGUUUGUGAGAUGGGAGAGGAUAAAGGAUGCUGGAAUGCUUUUCCGAGAAAUGCCUAGAAAGAAUGUGAUAUCUUAUACAGCAAUAAUUUAUGGGUAUAUGAAGGUUGGGGAAUUUGAGAAGGCGAGAGCUUUGUUUGAUGAGAUGCCGUUUAAGAAUGAUGUUUCUUGGAUGGUGAUGAUUAGUGGGUAUGCUGAUAAUGGCUGGUUUGAUGAAGCCAGGGAGUUGUAUCAACGGAUGCCGAAUAAGAAUGUCGUUGCUAUGACAGCUAUGAUAACGGGGUAUUUUAACGACGGGCGGGUGGAGGAUGCAAGGACCUUGUUUGAUGGAAUUCGGUGCAAAGACCUAGCGUGUUGGAAUGCAAUGAUAACAGGUUAUGCAGAAAACGGGAUUGGAGAGGAAGCACUGAAGUUGUAUUUGGAAAUGGUUAAGCUGGCUAUCCGACCGGAUAUUUUCACCCUUGUUUCUGUUACCACUGCUUUUUCUGGCCUUGCAUCUGUUAAGGAAGGCAGACAAAUGCACGCGUUUGUUAUAAAAUAUGGGUUUGAAUUUGAUCUUUCUUUGUGUCAUUCCUUGAUUAUAAUGUAUAGUAAAUGUGGUAGCAUUCUUGAUGCUGAGCAAGCUUUUAGACAAAUGAAUGGAACAUGCCUUGUUUCACGGAAUACAAUAAUUUCUGCGUUUGCACAGCAUGGUCUCUACGAAAAAGCUGUUGAUUUCUUCAACCAGAUGGAAGUGGUUGGUGUUGAACCAGAUGGGGUAACUUUUCUUAGUUUAUUAUCUGCUUGUGGUCAUGCAGGGAAAGUAAAUAAAAGUAUGGACUUUUUUGACCUAAUGGUAAGAAAAUAUGGGAUUCAUCCAAGACCUGAGCACUAUUCUUGCUUGGUUGAUAUACUGAGUCGAGCAGGUCAGCUGGAAAAGGCAUCCAAGAUAAUACGAGAGAUGCCUUUUGAAGCUGAUGGUGGAGUCUGGGUUGCUCUUCUAGGUGCCUGCAGUUUUUAUUUGAAUAUAGAAUUAGGGGAAUUAGCAGCUAAGAAACUUGGGAAUCCACAUCAUUCAGGUACUUGUGUUGUUUUGUCCAAUAUAUAUGCUUGGGCUGGCAUGUGGGAUGAAGUCACAAGAAUGAGGCUACAGAAGAAAGAACAAGGAGUGAAGAAGCAAUGUGCAUAUAGUUGGAUGGAGAUUGGUAAUAAGGUGCACCACCACUUCCUUGGAGGGGAUCUCUCGCACCCUGACACGAGUCAUUUAGAGAUUAAGAGUAUCAGUUUACAAAUGAAAGCACUGGUUAAUAUUGCAGAAAUUGAUUUGUUGUGGAGUGGUUUCGGUUGAUAUAUAUCUCAAUAGGAGUUGUGAUCCCUGAUAGAAUUUCAGGAGAAAAGGGGAAGCCACAAUU